UCUCACCAGCAGCGUACGUUUGUGACACGGCCCUACAUGCCGGUCGGACUAGCGCUGGGAGCCGCGCACUGGGUUGUGUGUUGGACUUAUUGGAUUUGACCGGUGUCUUUAACUUGAGCCGAAGAGCUUGUGCAUAUAUUUAAACACACAAUGUUUUUAAAAGAUGUGGCACCUGUUUGCGAAUGUUGCAGAAAACGGGACUGCUUGCCUUGCUGUUGAUGGUGUUGGAGUGGACCCGGCCAGGCCUACCGUCCCCGCUGAGGCCCAUCUGUGACCUGAGGGUCCUGAACCAUUUCAUCAAAGAAGCACGAGACGCAGAAGACGCUAUGAAAUCCUGUAGAGAAGGAUGCAGCCUGUCAGAAUCAGUUACUGUGCCCCAAACCACAGUCGACUUUGAAAUCUGGGAGAAUAAAAAUGGAUCGGAGCAAGCCCAGGAGGUGCAGUCUGGGUUAUAUCUCUUACAACAGGCCCUGAGCUUGCUACGGUCCUCAGUCACCAACACAGCACUGCACAGCCACAUAGAUAACUCCCUCAGAAACCUGCUCAGCAUCAAUGCUGUGCUGCGUAGCCUCAACAUCCAGGAAUAUACCCCACCAGCAAGUGCAGCAGAGCUGGAGGGAACCUGGCGGUUGUCCACGGCAACAGAUUUGCUUCAAGUCCAUGUCAACUUUCUGCGAGGCAAAGUGCAUCUCCUUCUUUCGGAUGCACAGGCUUGUCAGCAAGAUGUCAGCUGAUCACCCUACUCUAGACAAAGCUGAUUUGUGUUUCCGAAGGCUAGAGAAGGGACACGGUUGACCUGCACGCUGGCUGCUGGAAGCAGUGCGGACAGAGAGAAAAACGCAGCUGUCCUCACAUACAGGGAGGAAGCUGGAAGGAGAGGACGGUCCCAGCUAAGCUUUGGAUGGACAGGAGAUGAUUGCACCUCGGGAUGCCAAUGUGAAAUAUGGAUAAUUGCAAAGCGCACACUGACCAAAAUGAGGCCUGUGUGAAGCACUGCUCCAAAAGCUGUUCUUCUGGCACUCUCUUGCACUUCUGUGUGUCUGUACGUGUGUGUGUGCGUGUGUGUGAGAGAGUUAAGACUGCAAGUUUAAAUCUAUACAUAGUGUCAGUCACCUCUUUAGAGUGAAACACAGAAAAUAUUGAUUGCACCUGGAAAUUGGAGGUCUGUGAGUUCGCAACAGGGCAUCCAUUUCCAAUACCACUGCAAAAAAGCAAAAACCAAUGUGGCCUCGCACCACAAGCCUUUAACAUUUUUCAACUAUGCCUCACAGACACAUUAGUCUCUUCUCUUGGAUUUUUUUCAAUGAAAAUUUUUAUACAUUUGUAAGUUGUGUGAUUACUAUUUAUACAGAUUUUCUACUUUUAAGCUCCAGUCUUUGUAUUUUUUAGCAUCAGAUCUUUAAGAAUCUAGUUGGGCUCUCAUUGCCAUGUUCUCUUGUGUAACAUAUUUACAAAGCUAUCGGUUGACAUCAUUUACAAUGGCACGCUGCUGUCUUUCUUUUAUAUGUACCUGACUAGCUGUUAGUUUCACAUUGCAUGCUCCAGAGGAUCAGUUACAGUAAACUAGUGAGCAAGAGGUCAGUGAGGAGGCGGUUCGACGGUUACAUGAGAACUGUGAAGCUGUUCUGUCAUUAUCUGUGUUUUUGUUACUGCCUAACCAACACUUAGUCCCAGUCUCUACACUGAUAGCCAGACUGCCAGGAAAAAUGCUGUUUGGCUUUUACAAUUUACAUCCUGUGAGGCUGCAAUUGCAAAAAGUUUCCCAGUGUCUGACGUUAACACGGUCUCUUCCCUUCCUCUAUUGCACGUCAUCAAAAAGCAGGCAGGCAAUUAGUUAGUCCUGGGAACUUGAGGCUUUCUAUAAAAUGGAUGCUCAACGCUUUCAGCCCGGUUAAGUGCUCUUCCUUGUUUUUAAUUCCGUAUUUCUAAAUCAUGUUGUGGAAGUGCAAGAUGUUUUUAAGGAUGUUUGUGUUUGUACAUGUUUUCUUUCCUGUUAUUUUUGUGUUUUUUU